AUGGGUAUCACAGAGCGCUGCCGCAGCCGGCAGAGAGAGGGUGCCGGCGCGGCGCUGAGCCCUGCCGUGCGCCCGCGGCGCCCGACGGCUCCCGGCGGGCAGCGGCAGCGGCGGCGGCGGCGGCACCGCCCCGCGCCCGGCCCCGCUCAGCCCCCGCGGCGGCGGCGAGAGCCGCGCACGUGCGCGCCCGGCGGCGCCGAGCUCCGGCCCCCGCGCCCGGCCCGGGCGCGGCGCAGCGGCGGCGGCAGCGGCAGGCGGCGGCCCCGGCCCCGCGGCCCCGCCUGGCCCCCGCGGCGGCGGCGGCGAGCGGCGAUCCCCGGUCCGGCCGCGUCCCGCAGGCUGCUGCGUGCGCCCCGCGCCGCAUGCACCGACCCACCCCCGCCCGGGCCGCUGCGCGCCGCAAGAGCUCCUUUCCAGCUCCCUCCUCCUUCCUCCUCCUGCCGAAACGCCAACCCCGCGCCGCGGAUCAGCGAGGCAGCGCCGCCGCCCCGGCAGCCCUCCCGCGGGUCGCAGGCGCGGAGCCGGCCGCCCGGCGCUGGCCGCAGCGCUGCGCCGCUCUCUCCCCCCGCCGGCCUCCCCCGCGGCGCUGGGGCUGGGGCUGGCCCCGUCCCCGGCGGCUCUAGCGCUCCGCCCGGCGCCCCCCGCCUGCCGCCCCCGGCCCCUCGGCUCUCCCUGCGCGGAGGGGACGCGUGCCAGCAGAUAACAUCACGGCCGCGCAGGGAGAGGGAAAUUUAUACGAUCUCCCCGCCCCACGUGCUCGCCUCGCUGCGAAGUGACGUGGAGGGGCUGCGGGAGCGGAGGGCUCCGCGCCGCCGCCCGGCUAUUUAUUCCCCUCCGCAGCCCGGCCGCCGUGCCUGCCGCUGCCGAGGUGCCUCGCCCCGGGGCGAGGAGAGGCGAGGCAGCCCGGAGCCGAGAAGAAAAAGCGAGUCCUGCCAGGCUUUUAUAUUAUUUUAUUUAUUUUUUAAAUAA